AUGGCUAAGUGUUAUAUGUUGGCCUUCAUGUCAACAGUGCUUAGACAUCAGCAUGCUGCCAUGGCGACUGCCACCGAGAUUAUGCAAAAUCUCACGAAUCUCUUUGGUACUCAGAAUCGAAUGGCUAAGUCUCAAGCUUUUCGGAGUAUCAUGUGCAAGACUAUGAAGGAAGGCUCAUCUGUGAGGGACCAUGUCCUCGAGAUGAUGAGCUAUCUCAAUCAAAUUGAGUUUUUGGGAGGCGUCAUUGAUGCCGAGUCCCAAGUUACUAUCAUCCUUCAAAGUCUGCCCCCUAGCUUCCAGCAGUUCAAGCUCAAUUUUGAGAUGAACAAAAGGAAUUACACCUUGGCAGAGUUGUUGACUGAACUUCAGUCGGCAAAGGAUCUCAUGAACUAA